UAUAAGCUAAUGAAAAUAACUUCAUGUUUUGACCUUUUUUCUAAUCAAAUGAUCUUAUGUCGUAAAGUUUCCCAAAAUUAUUUAAAUUCCGGAGUAGCCUUGUUAUUUUCGCCCAUGGAUCAGCCGAAGGUUUCGAGUAUUGAUAAUGAGAAGAAGCCUAGGACUUCCAUAAAAUCGACAACCAGGACGAUUCCUGGAGCAAAUGUUAAUUUCACCGCGGUGCCUGCGGAUAGUGAUUCCGGAUUUAACUCGGCGGAUAGCACCGAUUCCGUGGAUCAAGUAGUGAGCCCGCCCGUCCUGCUUCAUCUCCGAUUGGCAAAACAGGAGACGAAUGAGAGGCGCGUCGGCUUCCAUGACGGAGUUGUCGAUAACGAGCACUCGAAUCGGCGCAAAUCCAAGUGCUGCUGCAUCUAUAGAAAGCCACAUCCCUUCGGCGAGAGUUCGUCCUCUACGGACGACGAAUGCGAACACUGUUUUGGCCAUCCCGAAGUAAGAACUCGCAAUCGCCUGGAAAAGCAGCGAAGGCAAAGGCAACAAUCUUGCUGCGGUUGUUGUUGUAACCAUUGUGAUGGUGGUCAGCAGAGAAAUCGAAAUAAUCGGAUAUCUAUCGAGGUGAUCGCACCGGAAAGAGAUAAUAAUCCGAUGAAAGAGGAGGAAAAGUUGGUGAUUAAAAAUCGGAACAAUUUAGAGAAGAAAGACUUUAAAAAGGAUUAAAAAACAGCCUUUGAAUAGCCGAUUUGUGCAUUUAAAACUAAAAAUUAAAGUAAAGUGUAAAUUGGUACCACA